GCAAAUGCGUAUAAAUACGAACGUUGGUGAAACCCAGCGAUGGCUUCGUCUGCGACCAGCAAAUUCUCGGCGGUUAUCGUAUCUUUCGCCGGAAUACGACGACGUUUACCGAUCGUGGGUGCAUUUUGUAUGCUAAGUUUGGGUUUCUCUACUGUAUCCUUAUCUUCGUCGUCUUCUUCGGCUUCCUUCAAAACGGGUUGUGCUCAAUCUGUCUCGUUUGCCCCCCUCUUAAGGUCGAGGUUUAGCAGUAAGGCUUCUUCUUCAUCGGUUGAUGCGAUCCGAAUGGCAGAGAGGAGCGAGACUGUGCCCAGCAUUGUUGUCUAUGUCACUGUUCCUAACAGAGAAGCAGGGAAGAAGUUGGCUAACAGCAUAGUCCAAGAAAAGCUUGCAGCAUGUGUUAACAUUGUGCCGGGUAUUGAAUCAGUGUAUCAGUGGGAGGGAAAGAUCCAGAGUGAUGCUGAGGAGCUUCUGAUCAUCAAGACAAGGCAAUCACUUUUGGAUGCUCUUACAGAUCAUGUCAAAGCAAAUCAUGAAUACGAUGUGCCUGAAGUAAUUGCAUUGCCUAUUACUGGUGGGAGUCCUCAGUAUCUGGAAUGGCUAAAGAACAGCACAAAGGACUGAAUGAAUCCUCACAGCUCUUGGACGAUGCAUCAAUGGGUACAAAUCAUGGUUUCUUGUGUUUGAAAUUUGAGCUUUAUGUGUUCUAGUUCCACAUAACAAACACGUUCCAUCUAUGUUCUGUCAGUAAGCUUCCAUGAGCUUGAAUAAUAAGAUAUGAACCUUGAAAAUGCCAUGAUCAUUUACAAGAAUGUACUCAAAUGAUAUCA